UUAAAAAAUCACUCUGUCUUCUCUGACCUUCAUAUGAAGUAAUUAUAAAAUCCCAAACACAUUUCAUUAUCUUCUUACAAAUAGAGCAAAAAGGCAAAAUCAUAUUCAACAGUUUCCAAAAAUGGAACAAAUGGAGCACAAAUAUGUUGAAGUGAACGGGCUAAACAUUCAUGUAGCUGAAAUUGGAAGUGGGAAUUCCCCAGUUGUAGUGUUCUUGCAUGGUUUCCCUGAAAUAUGGUAUUCUUGGAGGCACCAAAUGAUUGUUGUGGCCAAAGCUGGUUACAGAGCUAUUGCACCCGAUUUCAGAGGAUACGGGUUGUCGGAUCAACCACCCCAACCCGAGAAAACCACCUUUCUUGAUUUUACAAAUGACACCCUUGCACUUCUUGAUGCUCUUAAUAUCUCUAAGGUUUUUCUCGUCGGUAAAGACUUUGGAUCUAUUGUCAUUUCACGUUUUGUCACUCUCUAUGAGGAGAGAGUCUCUGGAUUUGUUGUUAUGGGAGUGCCAUUUUUGCCGCCACAACCUCUCGAGUUUAAACAAGGCAUCCCUGAAGGCUUCUAUAUUUCGAGAUUUGGGGAGCCUAGAAGAGCUGAAGCUGAUUUUGGUCGCCUUGACGCAAAAACUGUAGUGAGGAAUGUAUACAUUCUUUUCUCCAGAAGUGAAUUACCGAUAGCCAAUGAGAAUCAGGAAAUCAUGGACAUUGUGCAACCUGGUACCCCACUACCACCUUGGUUCUCUGAGGAAGACCUAGCUGCAUAUGGAGCUCUGUAUGAGAAAUCUGGUUUCCAAACUGCUUUGCAGGUUCCUUAUAGGUCACUGCAUGAACAAGUCAACAUUACAGAUCCAACAGUUCAUGUUCCAGCACUGUUUAUUAUGGGUGAGAAGGAUUAUUUCCUCAAAUUUCCAGGAAUCGAAGAGUACAUUAGUAGUGGAGGACUCAAAAAUUCAGUACCUAACCUGGAGAUUUCCUCUCUGCCAGAAGGAAACCAUUUCGUCCAAGAGCAACUACCUGACAAGGUUAAUCAACUUGUGCUCGAAUUCCUUAAUAAGAAUAGUAAGCUGAAGUAAGGCCUCGUUGUUGUUGUUGCUCCGUCUACUAAGAAUAGAAAGUUCCAAUAAGUGCCUCGUUGUUGUUGUUGCUCCGUCUACUAAGAAUAGAAAGUUCCAAUAAGGCGGCGUUGUUAUUGUUAUUGUUAUUGUUGUUGUUGUUGUUCCUUCAGUAAGUCCUAGUUGUGUUUUACAUACAUGUAAUAUAUUGCUGCAGUGACCCUGCAAUUCCUAUAAAAGCUGGAAUUGAAAGAAGAAAAUACUACCAUGUUA